AUGGACCCAUGGGAUGAUCCCCUGUGUGCCCGUGCGCUGCUGCACCUCUGCUUGUGUGAGAGCUUCGAGUUGUACGGGAUGCCGCUGCGGCUGGCGCGAAAUUUCGAAGUUGAGUACAACUGCUUCCACCGCGGCAAGCAUGAGGGCUGCACCAACGAGCGCUGCGCCAAGAAGAGACUGCUUGGGGACACGCCGUGCCGCACCCUCGCCACGUGGCUUCCGAAGGAUCGCGUGGGGAUCACCCUGUAUGUAGACUCCGGCCUGCGGACCUUUGUCGGCAUCCGCGGGAGGGUCAUGCUCGCUACGGAGCAGGUCAUGCAGGGGAACGUCCUGCCCGCGGAGACGCUGGUUCUGGCGCACUUUGUGCUCGACCGCGUGGAGGGGGGCAGGCUGGAGCCCCGGGUGCUGGUCUUCGACGUCUCUCUCCUCGGCGGGAGGGACAUGGAGGGUCUACCACCCUCAGAGCGCUACUCCGCCCUCCUCAGCCUCUUCCGCAACCGGGGCGGCAUGACGACGCUGCAGUGGGUCGGGGAGGAGGCUUCCGCGGUAGCGCAGCUGGACGGCCUGAGGAAGAAGCUCCCACAUGACGUCGAGUGCGUUGUGAGCGUGGGGUGCGACCCCUGGCUGCUCAGCCGUGUGAUGCACGUGAACGUGGGGAAGGGGAGCCUACGAUGA